GCUGCGAGUCCCGGUCUUCUCUGGAUGUAACAGACCUUGACAAAGUGCUGAAGACUCUCUCGUUCUAGUGGCACACGGCCGGCAAGCAGUGUCGCACUUUGCCAGUGUGAAACAAGCAAGUGCCUCACAGUGUGGGAGAGACUAGUUGUGCUUCAACACUCCGUCUGAUUCAGUGAGAACUACACGUGCAGAGGGUGCAGAAUACCAAAGAUGCAGGAAACUAAGCUGCAAAGUGUCUAGACUGGAGAACCACCUUUGUGUCCCAGGGGCGCCUCGCACAGCCGACCUUGAGGGCAUAGAAGGGCAGCAAGGAUGGGGAAACAGAACAGCAAACUGCGUCCUGAGGCACUGCAGGAUUUACGGGAGAACACGGAAUUCACGGAGAACGAGAUUCAGGAAUGGUACAAGGGCUUUGUGAAGGAUUGCCCCAGUGGCUACCUGACGAUAGACGAGUUCAAGAAACUCUAUGGCAACUUCUUCCCUUACGGUGACGCCUCCAGGUUUGCAGAGCAUGUAUUCCGUACUUUCGAUGCAAACGGAGAUGGCACGAUAGACUUCCGCGAGUUCAUCAUCGCUCUGAGCGUCACCUCCCGAGGAGGCUUGGAGCAAAAGCUGAAGUGGGCUUUUAACAUGUAUGACGUCGAUGGGAAUGGCUACAUCAGCAAGUCAGAGAUGUUGGAGAUUGUCCAGGCGAUCUACAAGAUGGUGUCAUCAGUGAUGAAGUUGUCUGAAGAUGAAGCUACGCCCGAGAAAAGAACAGAAAAAAUCUUCCGACAGAUGGACACCAAUGCAGAUGGAAGACUAUCUCUGGAAGAGUUCAUCAACGGAGCAAAGAAGGAUCCAUCCAUCGUCCGCCUCUUGCAAUGUGACCCCAGCACUGCAGGGCAGUUCUGAAGCGUUGCCCAUGGGACAAGUGCUGUCGCUCUGUGCCAUUCCUGCCCGCACCAACCCCGAGUGGUCAGUCAAUGGAAAUGCUCAGGCAAACGGAACCCCCAGUCUGUAUCAAAACUGAGCAUCCGCCAACCUUCCAAUGAAGAUAUUGCAUGCAGCAACAGAUUUGCAUCUUAUAGUAUAAUAAAUACAUAAAUGUGCCAAGAUAAGGGGAAUUCUGCUGACCAGCUAAAAGAAAAUGCUGCUGCAUCUUUACUUAUGUCCACUUCUGUUGUGGAUAUAGCUUUUUAUAGUCCAAUAGUUUUUUUAAUUUUAAUUUAAUAGUACAGAGAUUUAGUUUAUACCUGACAUAAGGAAACGUGAGGACCAAAGUCUGAUGGGUUAAUGUUUACACUAUAGUAUUAAGAACUUGAGUUGGUUGCCUGGCACAUACAUGACUCUCUUGAGUUCUUGCCUAUUUUGUAUACAAUUAUCCAUUUCUACAUCCCUAGUCUGAGGUUUGGCAAGCCCACCAGUGGAUCUCAGCCAAUUGAUGAAAAAAUGUCAUCACAGUUUUCAAGGCAUUACAGAGAUCGCGAAAUUUGAUUUCUUCAAGACAAGGGGGCAGAAAUAAGGCCAGAUAUUUCAAUAGUGAAGAGAUUCUUCCAUGCAAAGAGAAUGGAAGAAAUUUGGAACACUCUUCCACAAACAGCAAUUGAUGCCAAGUUAAUUGUUAAUUUUAAAUUAGAGAUAAAUAAAAUAGAGGUGUUAAAGAACAUAGGAAACGGAAGGUUGAUAUAAACCUCACAUAUUAGCCAUCAGGUUGCAGAACAAUCUUGAUCCAUUGAAUGGCUUCCACUGAUCCUGUCUUCCUUUCUCCGUCUUCCUUUCUCCUGUCCAACCCAUGCUUACAAUGUCAGAACACAGCCGCGAAAACUAGAGCAGGGGUUCCCAACCUUUUUUGUCCCGUAUACCCCUGGCAAAUUUAAUAGCACAUAACAAUGUUAUUUCACUUAUUUAUGAACAACUAAUGAUGAACAGUUACCGGUAUACCAGAACCAAACACAGUCAGUCAAUGAGAAAAAAUAUGUACAAAUCCAGAAUCAACAAAUUUACCCCCUGGGUAGGCGUAAUUUACCCCCUUGGAGUAAAUUUACCCCAGGUUGGGAACCCUUUCUCUAGAAACUUGAUGUAUCCCUAUCACAUCCCUUGCUAUUGCCCAUUUGUCCAGGAAAUCUGUUCCCUAAAAUCAUUCAAUCCUCUUAAAAAUGUCAACAUUUACCAAUAAGCCAUAUACAGCCAUUGGCCAAAAUAUCAGGCAACACUAUGAGAGCAAUGCUGACUGCUUCUUGUAGCUUACUCUUUCCAUAAUGCUCGCCUUUGUUGCUUUAAUUAGCCUUGUCCUUAAUAUCCAAAUUUGAAGUGUAGUCCAUUAUGCUUUUCCAUAUGUGAAAUAUUCCGCUUUGUGUUAGGAUUUUAUCUGCAGUCUGUAUUAAGGAUAGGGACAUUACAGAUGUGGGCUUGUAUAUUUUUGAGAAUUAACUGUGGUAUUAAAAUGAUCAAAGAUACUCCUGCAAACAUCUUUACCGCAUCGAGAUGUCCCAGAACAUGGGGGGCUAGAAUUCUCUGGCAAAUUUAAGGUGCAUUCUCAACCUCUAUCUCUGUCAUUGGUAGUUACCCAAUAUUUGUUGUGUCUGAAUAAAAACUUUAAUCGUUGCAGUAAUGGCAACAAAACUACUCAUCAAAUCCUCCAGUGUUCUCUCACACCAAUGCAGGAGGUUAUAAAGGGAAUCAAAUUGCACAAUGCAGCCUCUUCCUGUCAGUUCAAUGCACAACGUGUAAGUGCCAUACACCAUCAGCCCUUUGAUCUGUGGGAAUCACCAGUCCCAGUUCCUGUUGGUCAUAUUGUCGGGCAUAGUCGACACUGACUCACCUUUAUCCUGAGCACAGUCCCUGAGACUGGCAUUAUCUUUGCAUCAUUGUCAAACUGAAAUAAAAUCUGGUUGCAGUAACAUGUAGGUUUUUCCAACUCUGGUUGGAUGAGUUCUUGGAGGUAUCUUCGCUUGACUUCAUACCUGCCACUGCCUCAAGCCCACUCCCUGGGAA